AAACUUGGAAAUCCCCCAAACCCAUUAUUUUCUAUUUUCCAAGUUAUAAGUUUUAUCCUGGAUUCUUCUCCGAAAGAAAAGAUGAGAUCAAAAAGCCAAAGCCCUAUCAAUGUUAAGCUCAUUCUUAUUGGUAUUUUCUUAGUUUUUCUAUUGUUUUGGGUACUUAGAUCAACUUAUUCACCUUCUCCUGAACAACAAACUCAAUCUCUUGAUCACUCAUCAGUUGUUUCAAAGUCAUCAUCAGAAGAUCAAGAAACUGAUGAAGAUCAUCAGUCUUCUUCGCCUUCAUCUUCAUCUUCAUCUGCAGUAGCUUGUCCAUCAAACACUUGCAACAAGAUAUCCCCUUCACUAGCAAAUGCUUUAGUCCACUAUGCAACUUCAAAUGUGACACCACAACAAACACUUAGAGAAAUCUCAGUUUCCUUAAGAGUUCUUGAAAAGAAAUCUCCUUGCAAUUUCUUGGUGUUUGGAUUAGGACAUGAUAGUUUAAUGUGGACAGCUCUUAACCAUGGUGGAAGAACAGUUUUUCUUGAAGAAGACAAGUCAUGGAUAGAGCAAAUACAGAGCCAAUUACCAAAUUUGGAAUCUUACCAUGUUAUAUAUGACACAAGAAUAACUCAAGCUGAUGAACUUAUGGAAAUUGGAAUGAGUAAUGAAGAUUGUAAGAAAGUAACAGAUCCAAGAUUCUCAAAAUGUCAGCUUGCUCUAAAGGGGUUGCCUCAACAAGUGUUGGAGAUUGAUUGGGAUUUAAUAAUGGUAGAUGCACCAACUGGUUGGCAUGAUGGAGCACCAGGAAGGAUGAGUGCAAUAUACACUGCUGGAUUGAUUGCUAGGAACAAACUAGAUGGAGAAACUGAUGUGUUUGUUCAUGAUGUUGAUAGAAUUGUGGAAGAUCAAUUUUCAAAGGCUUUUCUUUGUGAAAGUUAUUUGGUAGAACAAGAAGGGAGGAUUAGGCAUUUCAAUAUUCCUAGCCAUAGGUCACGUUUGGGUAGACCUUUUUGUCCUUAAACUACUUUAUUUCUCCUAACUAAAAAUAAUUUUUA